CAUAUUUAUUUAUCGACCUUUUGUUUCAGUUUCUUGUCAAUACUGGACGAAAUGUGAACGCUAGAAGAUUAAAGGCUAUGAAACCGGCUGUAUUAAUUUUUGCCUUUGAAGAAUUGCCCCAAACAGGCGCUCUAAGGGCUGGACCAAUUGUGCAUGCUUACGAUGAUUCAGGGAAAGAAAGACUAAUAUUGAAAGAGAAACGACUCCUCGAAAGUCAGCAGAAGCGGAAGAGGCAGGAAAUUAUGAAGUUUCUCCAGAACCAUUAUCUCACAACUAAUUAUUUUUACAAUGAAAUUAAGAGGAUACAACGAACGAAGACAUUCAAAGACCCUAUAAGAUUGAUGGUAGACUAUUUGGAUAGACCAGAAAAUGAUAAAAUCAAGUCAAGAGUGUUAGACUGUUUUGCCGAGUUAAAAAAACAGAAGCCUGUCAAAAAUAUAUAUGACUACAAGCCUAAUAAUCUCAUUAUAAAUUUGUUCAAAGAUGAAUUUAAUGAAGGCGUUCAUUGAAGAAAUAUACAGUUGAUCAAUGUUUUAUGUGUAUAAUUUUAAUUUCCAAUUUUCACUACAAAAACAUUAUCGACAUUUCAUUGGUGUUCUAGCCAUAGGAUACGACGUCUUAUCGAUGUUAUGACGAUAUUUCGUUUCAUUUUACCACUUUGACAUGUACGUUAGUAACGACGAACGAAAGAUAAACUGCCAGUUGCUCAAACGUCCAUUAAAAUGUUCAUUAACUUAAAGCGACAUUACCCAUACAAACUUGACGUUAAU